AUGCAACCCUUUCAAAGAGGAUUUUUGAAAGUACGGAAAUAUCAGGUCAUUUCUGUUGGAACGAGUGUAUUUCGGAGAGGUCCAACAUUUAAUGAAUCUGUAAAUAAUGAAAAUAAUCGAAAAAGUGCCAACGAAAAUAAUGAUGAGAGAAAAUCAAAGGAAUGGAUUGUAAAGCAACAUACCUCUUGGUUUUUGAAACACUCCGAGAAAGAUAAUUUGCAAGAGGAGUUGAAAAAUCAUGGAUGGCUUCGGAAAUUAAAUGCAGAGGAAAUUCAUCAAUUAACAACAAGCAAUAAUAUUGAAAAUAAUAGUACUAUGGAUCAUGUAAAUAGGUCGGAUAAUGACAUAACAAGCAGUAUACCAGAGAAGGGUGGUCCAUUCUCAAAAUUUAAAUUUCUUUUCAACCAUUGGAGGCGACGAACACUUCGUGUGUUUUUACCAAAGAAUUUUCCUGAAUCCGUAAACGACGGAUAUUUACAUUAUUGCAAAUGGCAAGCUUUACAAUAUAUUGCUGGAAGUUUUUCAGGAGUACUAUCGAUGCAAUCAUUGCUUCAUGCUGCGGGAAUUACGUCACAAAUUGCAACAACAUCUAAUAGUUUUGCAUUGGCUGUUCUUGGAGGAGCGUUGGCUUGGGUCAUUAAGGACGGUUUGGGUCAGCUGGGAGGCAUAUUGUUUGCCAGUAAGGUUAAUACAAAUUUUGACGCUGAUCCCAAGUUUUGGAGAAUGACUGGAGAGUAUGCACUUGUUACAAGCGCCCUUUUGGAAGUGACAACACCAUUGACAGGACCAAGCUGGUUUAUCGCACAAGCUAGCAUUGCAAAUAUUGGUAAAAAUGUUAGCUGCUUUUCAGCAAGUGCCACGAGAGCUGCAAUGAAUCAGUCAUUUGCUAAAUCUGAUAAUCUAGCCGAUGUGACUGCUAAAGCAACAAGUCAGGCAUUGGCAAGCUCACUUAUUGGAACAACACUGGGUAUUUUGUAUAGUUCUGCGGUCUCAUUGGCCCAAUUUAGCUUUGUGAAAGUAUUCCCUGUGUUUUGCGUGCUCUCUGUUUUGCAACUCUUUUCCCUGUACAAAGCAGCCUCAAUAGUUCGAUUGAAAGUUUUGAACAAGCAAAGAUUUGUGCUAGUUGCUCUCGGUACCUUAAAGAUGGUACAAUUCUAA